AGUCGUAGACGGAAGCUGCGCGGUGGGGGACACGCCGCCGUGCUGUCCGUCGCGCCGCGGACCGAGUGAGCUGCACUGUGGUACUGUACUGCGGUACUGUACUGUACUGCGGCGAUGGCCACUGGCGCGGCCGGUGCUAUCGUGCUGGGCGCCGGCGCCGCGCUGCUCCUCUGCGGCGCGGCUCUGCCGCCGGCCGGCGCGCAGUUCAUCAUCACAGACGGUGCUGGCGCCACGUGCCCAACAAACCGGCUCUUCCUGAGCGUGACCGACACGGGCUCGGCGCAGCGACUGGCGGCGCUCGGCGGCAUUUACACCGGUGACGACACACAGUACCGCCACGAGCUGGGCCGCGCCGUACUGCGCAGCUACGGCGCGACCGCGGACUCCAAUCGGAGCUGGUACGUGUCGGCCGCCGGCCAGCCGUCCGAGCCGGCGCCGGGGCCGGUGGUGGCCGGUGACGCGGCCUCUCCGCGCGGCCUGCUGCGCGCGCCGGCGCUGACCGGCGCCGGCUGGCAGCUGUGGGCCGACGGCGGCUGGCGGAGCGCCGGCGCCGUCCGGCUGCGCUGCGUCACGGCCGCCUGGCGCUGCCCGGCCGGCCGGCUGCACGUCAGCGGCCUGCCGUUCGGGCGUGGCGCGCCGGCUGCGCUCAGAGGCAGCCUGGUCGGCGCCGCUGAGUCCGCCUUCCCCAGAGAGCCCGUCGUCGACGACGACCCAGCGAUGACGGUGAGCGUGCCGCUGGAGCCGGACAGCGACCUGCUGCUGGGCACCUUUCUCAGGACGGCCGCCGUGCACAUGAACCGACCCGUGUACCGCAAAGCCGGAGACGCACAAGAGACGUUCCUCUACUUCGACCGUGUGGAGGCGGCCGGCGGCGCGGCGCCGGUGCCACUGUGGCUGAUUGGUCCGCCGCCGGACCGAGUGCGGCUGGACUCGUCUCGGCUGCUGGCAGUGGUCGACUCGGCCGACGCCCCCGAGCAGGUGACCGGCCGCUGGCAGUACCUGGCACACGGACGCCAGACAGACGCGCUGCUCAACGUCACCUGCGAGCACGGAAGGACGCCGGCGGGCCCGAGCGGGGGCGCCGACUGCCGCUUCGAGAUGCCGGGCGCGUGUGGCUACGUGGCCACUGCGGGCCGGCUCCGGCAGCGGCCGGCAGAGGGGCACGCCGCCGGCCGGUGGUACGCAGAGCUGACCGGCGCCGAGGACGGCCGGGCCGAGCUGCGCUCCCCGCCGCUCCAGGUCGCCACAGACAGCUGCCUCUCGCUCUUCUACCGGAUGCGCACCGACUCGUUCUUCAGCUGUGCGUUCAGCCUGGAAGCGAAGGGCGAGCGCUACCGCCUGCUGACCAUGUCUUCGGCGGCGCGCGACUGGACGCGCCUCCAGCGAAACAUCACCGCCGGCCGCUACAGGCUGCGUGUGAGCGCCGGGCCGCUGGCGGCCGCCGACCAGCUGCACCUGGACAGCGUGCGGGUCAGCGCGGGCCCGUGCGGCGCGCACCACACGCGCUCGCCGUGCCACCGGCAGCCGUGCCGCCAUGGCGGGACGUGCCUUCCCACGGGCGCUGACACGUACACGUGUGUGUGCGGCGGCGGGCAGCAGGGUCGCGACUGCGCCUCUGCGCCGUCGUGCGGGCCGCCGCCGCCGGUGGAGCACGGCGCCGUCCGUCUGGCUGACGGGGCCCUGGACGCGCUGCCGAUGGCGCGCUACCGGUGCGCGCCUGGCUACGGGCUGCCGGCGCCGCUGGUGCGCUCCGUGGCCACCUGCCUGGCCGGCCAGUGGCGCGGCGUGCCGCACUGCCGGCCCAGCUCCGCCGGCUCUGCCCGGCUCGGUCCGGGCAGGGUCGGCGGCGGCGCCACCCUGCUGGCCGCCCUGAUGGUUCUCGGCGCCGCCUGGCGGCAGAUGUGAACGGAUGCCGGCGGGUCGCGCACUCGGACAAGUCGACCGACAUACAGGGGUGGGUCCAAGUGCUUGAGGAAAGUGUUGUCGCGCCAAAAUGCCGUGAUUAAACCGGGGUCUCUGCCAAUGCUAGGCACGUAGCGAGAUAGUCAUGGCUUUUUCUGUGCGAUCUAAAAGUGUGUCCAUCUAACACAAUGCUGGCGAUUCUAUUAAUUAUAAAUAAUUUUCCAAGUUUUCUACAUUUUGCAAAUCCAAGAUAGCAGUUUGAUAGCAAUGUAUAUUUUGAGUCUUCUCAUGCAAAGGGAUAAGAUCUAGCUUAAAAAUGAAGCUCUU